CCAUCCAUGAUACAAUGAAGGGCAACCAGCAACAGCUCCCAAAAGAUUUCUUCCUUUAUAAUGCCUCCAAGGCUCAUUGCAAGUCUUACGUCAACAUGCGUGAGGUGUUGGAGCGUUUCUGCCUGGCUCCUGGUGAGUAUGUCAUCGUCCCGUCCACCUUCGAUCCUCACAAGGAGAGCUAGUUUCUUCUCAGAGUCUUCUCUGAGAACAGGAGCACAUCAGAGUGAGUGUUAAACCUCUAAUUCUAUAUGAUUGUAAGUUUAACAUUUCGUGAUUUCAUCAUUAAAAAACAUGAACUAUCAUAAUAUAAUGCUUAAUAAAUCAUUAGUUCAUGUGCAUUCAAAUAGAUGUAUAAGUCAUGACACUUCUUAAAUUCAGAUGUUGUUGUUUUUUUACACAUGCUCGUAUUUAAAUGUACAGUGGCCCAAAAAAGCACUUGGGCACUUUUGGACACUUAAGUCACACUUAAAAUGUCUUAAAAUAUCUGAAUGUCAUUGCAUUUUAAACAAAAUAUCAAACCAUUUUAUUCAAACCAUCUGCAAACAAAUGAUACUAGAUUGCUUUCAGAACUAACUUCACUUUUCUUAGACAUCUUUGCAAUUACAUUUUACCCACUAGUGUCAAGGUAAUUUUUUAGUGGAUGUGUACAUUUAGUUCCUCUCAAGUUCACACAGGGGUCCUAGCAGAGUAACCACAGGUGAAGUUCAAUACAUUAACUAUGGACAUGUUUCACAAAAGUCUGGCAAACAGAAAGUGUCUAAAUGUCUUAAAACAAAUGUUUUAUAAUUUUAAAUCGAACAAACCUAUUUUUUGUGAAAUGUGUGCUUGUGCUGUCUUUCUUUAAAAUAAAUGUUAUUUUGUUACAUAAUGAAAAGACAUUCAUGCAUUUUUAAGUAUGGCUUAAAUGCCCAAGUACUUAUCUGUUAAUGACUUUUUACUGAAAGUUAUUAUAGAGUUUUCCAUGCAAGCUCUUGUUUCAAGUGUUUCAGUCAGGCAUGUUUUUAAAUGACCUCUUGACCUGUAUGUGCUCCUGUGCAUUUGGCUGACAGCUGCAUGUUUUCUCCCAGGGUUAUAGAUGCAGAGAUUGAGACGGAGCCUGUGCAGACAGAUAUUCUCAAGAAGAAAAUCAAGCCAUUUAAAACUCUUGAGGAGGAGACCGAAGAGGAAAAACAAUUCAGGGCUAUAUUUCAGCAGAUCGCUGGAGAUGACAUGCAGAUUAAUGCCAAUGAACACAGGAUUGUCCUUAACAGGGUGGUUGCCAAACAUAAAGAGCUAAAAACAGAGGGUUUCAGUCUGGAAAGCUGCAGAAGUAUGAUUGCACUCAUGGAUACUGAUGGAACAGGCCAUCUAAACCUUCAAGAGUUUAAUCACUUAUGGAACAAGAUUAAAAAAUGGAAAUUGGUGUUCACACGUUACGACACAAUCCAGUACAAAUCCAGUACAAUCAGCAGUUUUGAGAUGAGGAAUGCUCUAACUGAAGCAGGUUUUCAACUCAACAAUCAGCUCUAUGACAUCAUUGCCAUGAGAUAUGCCAAUGAACACCUGGAGCUGGAUUUUGACAGCUACAUUAGCUGCUUAGUACGACUUGAGGGAAUGUUCAGGGCAUUUAGGGCUUUUGACAAGGAUGGAGAUGGCCUUAUCAAGCUGAAUGUUUUUGAGUGGCUUCAACUGACCAUGUAUGCCUAAGGAAAAUAAGUGGACCUUUCCAAUUUUCAGCCUCCAUUAUGUGGAGCAUUACAGAAAGAAAAAGAAGAUUUUAGUCAAUUACAGCACACCGCUGUGGCCUUUCCGUUAGAGAAUGCACACUUUAUAGUGCGAUGAAAAGUUCUAAAUCUUCAGAGGAUUGUGGCCUGGGAAAUCUUCAGAGGAAUCUAGGUUGAUGACGAGCAAUAGGAUGGACCAUUAGCCCAUUAAACUUUUUGGUCUGACUCAACAAACGUUUCCCUGACAUUUUUAGCCUCAGUCUCAUGAGAAUUCAUCACAGUACAAUGAGGAGGCGAAUUCGUACCAAUUCGUGCGAUUUACACAUCAACCAAUCUCAUACACUUCACAAACACGUGUUUUGGAACCCUGAAGUGCUUUCUUCUGUAUUACACAUCAGGGCUUUUAACAUAAUUUAUAUGCUUAUGUUUAUGCUCUGGGUAGGGUAAGGUAUUACACUCUAUGGUUAUGUUCAGAGAUGGGGUUUGGGUUAGAGUUACAAAAACAGUUUUGGAUUAAAUGUACAACUGUUUGUCAAUAAAUGUGUAUCAGUAACGGUUGUAUUUGGUUAGAUUUUAUGAGGUGGAGUGCCACCUCUUUUGUGCAGGCAUUUUCCAUACCCGACAAAGCACCAGCACAAACGCAAUAUCCACAACUGCUUCAGCUCAACAGAGGGAAAACAUGAAGCCUAUCUCUGAAUGAGGCAUUUACAGUUAAUUCUGUAUUCUGUGUUUAGUGUACGUCAUAACUAAAAAAAAAAUAAAUAAAUAAUAAAACUAAA